UACUCCAUAGUCCCUUAACGUACUCGAUCAGUUAAAAGAGCGAGAAAAUCAAAAUGAUUGCGGUUUGGUACUUAAUGCUGACACUACUUGCCGUUUGUUCGGCAGUUAUUGAGGGCUGCUUUCCGUCAGACCGGGCGGCACUACUCGCUUUCAGGGCCGCCCUUCACGAGCCCUAUAUCGGCAUCUUUAACUCGUGGACGGGUAGCGACUGUUGCCACAACUGGUACGGCGUAAACUGCGAUCCAAACACCCAGCGAGUGGUUGAUAUCAACCUUUGGGGAGAGUCUGACGACCUGAUGUUUAGGCAGGCUCACCGCUCCGGUUACAUGGCCGGGAACCUCUCGCGCGCCAUCUGCAGGCUCACGUACCUCUCCUCUAUCACCAUCACUGAUUGGAAGGGGAUCUCUGGCGAGAUUCCCCGAUGCAUCUCAUUCCUUCCUUUUCUCCGAAUCUUGGAUCUUACCGGAAACCGAAUCUCGGGCGAGAUUCCAGGCCAUAUCGGACGGCUCGGUUGGCUCACCGCUCUCAGCCUUGCCGAUAACUUUAUCUACGGGAGAAUUCCACCGUCCAUAACGAAGCUGACAAACUUGAUGCACCUAGACCUCCGAAACAACCAACUCUCCGGUAGGAUUCCUCGCAGUUUAGGGAGACUGAAGAUGCUAAGUCGGGCUUUGCUUAGUCACAACCAGCUCUCCGGGUGGAUCCCUCAUUCGAUAUCCCAAAUUUACCGGCUGGCGGAUUUGGAUCUUUCUUCGAACCAAAUCUCGGGUGCAAUCCCGGAUUGGCUCGGUAGAAUGGCAGUUCUCUCAACAUUAAAUCUGGACGGUAACAAAAUAACAGGUACGAUUCCAGCUAGUUUGUUGAACUCUAAGAUUAUUAGCUUAAACUUGAGCCGGAACGCGCUGAACGGUAACAUACCGGAUUCAUUUGGGCGGAGUUCGUAUUUCAUAAUGCUUGAUUUAUCGUACAAUAAUUUGGAGGGCUGGAUACCAAAAUCGUUGUCUUCGGCUUGGUAUGUCGGAAACUUGGAUUUGAGUCACAACCACAUACGAGGGCAUAUAUCGCCAUUCGAUCAACUCGAAGCAUAGUCAUAAUUCUCAUUAAUUAAUUAAUUAAUUUGCUUUUAUAAUUAAUGAUUGUCUUUGUGGCCGGGAAGCCGCUAAAAUAUGAUGUAGUUUGUACGGAAUAUUGGUUACUCAAAAUAAGAUGUUGUUUUUGUCGGGAUUGGUUAAACAAUUCUUUCUACGUACGUACUCUGCAAUUUGUUGGUGAAAGGCAACGAUAAAUAUAUAGAAAAGCAUGUAUCGAUCGGGUGAAUGAGGGAUUAAUCCCCUCAUUUUCUCUUCAUUGUUUGUGCUUUCCUUAUCAAUAUAUAAUAUAUGUCAUCUUUUUCCUCAUGUUAUAUAUGUGUACGGGCGGGUU